GCAGCAGCCUGCGCCUAAAUUGUAAAGAAGAAGAAGUAAGAAGUUUGGUCAACUGCAUGACGACAGAGCUGCUCCUGUCCUCCUCACAUUUUAUGUUGUGUGUGACUAAUAACCGCGUAUCUCUGCUGUUGUUGUGGUUGGAUUGUACACAGAAACCAGAAUGACGUCCCUGUAAACCUCCGUGAUACCGGCGUCGAAGAGAAACAGGCAGAAACAGGAUGUCAGAAGCUGUUGAACGCCCUCCUUCUGUUUCUUCUGUCUCUUCCGUCUCGUUGGUGGAGAUUGCGGCUGAGACUCGUCUGGUGCUGAAAGCCUUCCUCCACCAGUCGCUGUCGCUGCCCCUGGCAGACAGGCCUGGCAGGGUUGGAGGUGCUUACAGAGAUCACACCAAGUACUGUGUCAAGCCCCAACCUAAAGCUAAAGAUGGGUUGGACUCUCAGGAUGAAGAUGUGAGCUCAGCAGACGAGAAGAAGAAUGGACUUAGGGACUUAAUAAAGCGUCUGCCCCGUCCUGCGUCGAUGCGUCAUCGUGUCAAAGACAAUAUUGGCGCCUCCCACACGGACAGCCAGCCAAAUGGCGGUACCCCAGAAUCGUUACACUACAAAAUCCAACUUGAAGAUGAUGCCAUGUCCCCCUCCUCUACAUCAGAAGAAGAGGAUAGUGAGAGGAAACAGAAGAAGAAGGAGCAGGGCAGAAAGAAGUUGAGGAAGCAGAUCUCCAAGCUUUUCAGGAGAAAAACUGACAAGGACAAAGACAGGAAUGAGCCUCAACCUCAGAGGCCUUCCACGUUGUCCUUCAACAAAGAGGCAGAGCCUGUACCCACUGUCGUCUCUCCCAACCACUCUCCUGAGUUCUAUAAGGAAGUGGCAGAGAAGCUGGGGAAGAUUGCCCAGAGGUCCACCAGUAUAAAGAGUCCCAGCUCCCCAGCCCGGCCCCCACCUGCAGCUUGUGAUAAAGAGGUGGUGGUGCGACAGCUUGUUCAAGUACUCUCUCUGGAGGGAGAUGCCAUCAACAACAAGAUCCAGUCAGACCCGUUCCUGCGCUCCAAGCUGACCCGUCUCUCCUACCCAUCAUUUGCCAAGCUCCUGGACACCUUCAGCAACCGUGUGGUGGAUGAGGCACCAGCCUUGCCACCACAGGCUAGCCCCACACUGCGUCGUGUUGCUGUCACCAUGGAGGUGUCGCGACGGAUAGUCACUGCCACAGGCACCCAACGCAUGCAGGGCUAUGCAGAGUGCUACAUGGAGACUUUUGCCCCCUGGGUUAAGAGCCACGGUGGAUGGGAGAACGUUGUGCAUUUGGAGGAGCCUUUGGAGUAUGACUGAGGGCGUAGUUUCAUCCAGUUCCACCACUCUGAUCAUGACCUCAGAUUGAAGAGAAAGAAGUGGCCUGCACUCGUCAUUCCUAGAUGGAAGAGUGGAUUAUUUUCCAGAAGCUUCUCUGCGUCAUCAUAAUCUGGGAGCCAUUUUAGUCUUUUUAAAGGCUUAUUCACCCUAUGUUUGGGCUUGUGAGAUAUUGGACAUUGAGGCCAUGAGGCUAGAGCAAUGUGCUGGCUAUUCAAGCUCAGCUCAGUGGGACUCCAAAUGAUAUCUUUGAAAAAAUUCUUUAAUUAAAUAUGUGGAUCUCUAAGAUGGACUGAGUGCCCGACUCAACAUAAAAUCAGUGAUUCACUGCACCAAAGAUGCAUUUUAAACAAGUAACAGUUUGUUAUCAUUCAAGUCAGCUCUGUCUUGAUGCAGUGUGCUGCAGUAUCUCGACGUGCUGCAGUUUUACAGAGAUUGCAUUCAUUCACGAUCUUAGUCGGAAUGAUCAUUUUUUAAUUUUUUGUAUUAAUUUAAGUUUCACUGAAGAACAUUAAAAUGACGAUCAUUCGAUUUUUGCUAGGAUCAAUACCAAACCAAUCUGUUUUUUAAGAUCUGGAAAAUACGAUUUGUAGGCCAGAACAUGUCUGUAGCACCGUAAUAAUUGCAGCUCUUGCGAUUUGGAUAUUUCAUCUGAUAUUUCGAUUGAUUGUUCAGCCCUAGCACAAAUACGUUCUGAUUGAGUUUGCCACUGGUUUCAAGAAGGAAUUGUUAAGGAUAAAUCAAUUAUGUUAUAUGUGGCCCUAUUUUAACUCCACAGUCACAGCGAUUCACUCCAAGUGCUGCAGUCAGUGAGGGCGUAUUCAGAUUCACUCUCUGUUUUUGUUCUUCUGAGCACAGCCUUGCCACGUGCUAAGUGUAAAGCGGCUAGGUGUAGUGGAAUAUGGAGUGGAGGGGUUUGGAGAUCAUCAGGUACGUCAAAUUCAGUAGGUAAGGAAUAAAUUAAUAAAUCAAGUAGACAUGCAAUUCAUUAUUGAAAUGGUUGUAACUAAUGUAAUAAGGAAAAUGCAAUCCAUGGCUCCCCCAUUUAAAUACCUUCUGUUUUGUAUCACCCCUCCCACCCUUGCACCAAGCGUGAUACGCAAGCAGGACAUUUUUUUUUCUUUGCCUGACGGAGGGGGUUUUGUAACCCUCACAGGGCUGACAACACUGGCAGAGAUCAGUAUAUAAACUUGGAUUGAGAGAAACACAAAAGGAGUAAAAGGCUUUGUUAGGUAUAACUGAAAUAAAUGCUAAAAAAGAUAUGUGUUUCAUGUCAAGCUUUUCUGAUAGAGAAAAGUUUGCAUUGAUUUAGCUGUGGCUAAAAGCAGCUACACAAAGCAUAUGUUACUUGAAGCAGAUCCUUUGUUCCAUGUAUGUGGUUAGUUUGGUAAGAUUCCAUGCAGAUUAAACAACCCCAAGCUACUCAAGAGCUUGAAAUGUAUGUAUGUUAGCCUGGCUAACAUACAUACAUUUCUUGGCUGAAGUGACUGCUCUUUUCAGAGCUGAAAAUAUCAGCCUCAGCCUAUAGCCACAAGGGGUAAAUGUGUCUUUACUGGUACUGAUCAACAGCAGUGUGAACCACCACUGCUGUGUUACAGUCAUUUGCACAUUUGAGCAGAUAACACAUACUGUACCUUUAGGUCACACUGGAAUAAUUCUCCUUGCAUUAAAAAUCAUGUAGCCUUCUCAAAAGCCUAAAGUGAAAACUCCUUUAAGACUGUCCUGGGGGUUAUUUCAGAAAGUGGGUUUACUGUUAAUCAUUAUUAACAGUUAUUCAGCACAAAACCUGUUGAACCUGCAGCAUUUUACCUGCCAGAUAGGUGUUGAACACGGUGUGCCCUUUUCUUGGCGAUGCUAUCCACUGUUAAGUGCAAAUUAUAACUAAUAUUUUUGUAUGUUAGUUUGAAUUAAUUUCACCUGGCUGUUUUGUUUCUUCCUCUUUCUUAUUACCCUCCCCCUUUGUUUUCUCUUUCUCUCUUUUUCUCUUAAUGGAAAAAAAGCCAUACACAUACAUUGAUAGACUGUGUCAAGGCCACAGGUUUGGGUUUAAAGGCUCCACCAUGGGUCACCCCCUGUUUUGACUGACGGCCAGCUGCUCAGCGUCUGUAAGAUAAGUGAUGCUGGCCCUCCACCUGUUUUCUAAGCUUCAGCCUUUGUCUUGUAGACUAGAGUGAAACUCCUGAACUCAUGCCUGUCAUAAGGUUGCGAUUAAGAGAAUGAAGUAACAAGAAUCAAAUAUAUCUUACCUGUUUUAAACAGUGUUCUUAUGCAGUAUUUCAUUUUUAACUGCUACCAAGACAUGUAAUAUAACAACGGUUGAAAAAAAAACUUAGUCAGCAGUUUUAUCCACCAACCAGGGUAAACACAGGUGUUAAUAAUGAUAUUAAUGGAGGUUCUGUUCCAUUUAGCUCUAAACGUCCUUGUUCUGACUGUAGGCAAAUCAGAUUUCAUUCUCAAAUCAGAUCUUUAAGGCAGAAUGUCCACUCUGUUAUAUGCAAGUGUUCAAUUGGAUUUGUGUGUCCAGUCAUCACCAGCCUAUGUACACAGGUUGCUGUGGUAAUGACGUUGGCAUCAGUAACUUUCCAAUGCAAGGAAGCAGCAAUAGCAUUUUAAACUACUGCCAAAUGUGGUUUGGAUUUGUUUGUUUCUAAAAUCAGUCUGGAUACAAUCUGGAUAUGACACAAAACAGAUUUUAGCUGGCAGUGUGAACAAGGCCAGGCUGCUGUUUUUGUGCGUUCAGUUUCCCAGGAAAGGUUCUGCUGGACCUUAAUGGAAUGGAACCUUAAUUAGUUUCAUUAGUUACACCUACGUUUAUCCCAGCUAGGUUUUGUCAAAAUGGCUGCUGGGAAAAAAAGGUCUACUGAGGCUGGCUUUUUAAAUUCACUAUGAAUGUGCCUCAGGGCCCGUUUACACAUACGCGGGUAUUUUUAAAAACAGAGACAUUUCCCUUCGUUUGUGCCCUUCUUUUACACGCAAACGGCGAAUUCGCCUCUGAUUCUUUCUAAAAACUCUGGCCAGAGUGGAGACUUAGGAAAACUCCCGUUUUGCGUUUGCAUGUAAACUGAGAAAAACAGAGUUUUAGGCAGCCGACGUCACAUUAUGCACCAUCUGAUUGGCUUGCAUGGCUUUCUCCUUCUUCCUACACUGUCGCCCAUAGCCUUGGCGUAGUUAUGAUGCUGCUGGACGGCGUAUUUAUGCGGGUUGAUGUAAAUGAAAACCUUUUUGAAAACUAUGCUGUGUGCACGAUGUUAUUUUGGAAAACAGAGGGAGGGAAAUAAAAAUACCCGACUAUGUGUAAACGUAGCCUCAGUCUAGUUCUCAGACUGGAUUGAUCUCAUUGUAAUCAGCUGUUCUGAACCAAAAAAAAAAAAAAAAAACACCCUGCUGAAAUACCC